AUGGCGUGCCUUCGUGUCCUCAUCGUAGGCGCUGGCAUCUCUGGAAACGCACUCGCUUACUGGCUCGCCAAACAAAAGCACACUGUAACAGUCAUCGAACGGCACCACUGCCUGCGCGUCAAUGGCUUACAGUUAGAUCUUCGCGGGCUCGGGAUUGAAGUAAUGAAGCUGAUGGGCCUAGAGGAAGCCGUGCGUGCGAAAUGCGUCCCUGAAGAAGGGAUGGGUUUGGUAGACCCGACAGGGCGGAAGAGAGCAUUCUUCCCAGCGAAUCGAUCAGGCGCGGGUGCUCAAUCCAUCACAAGCGAGUUUGAGAUCAUGAGAGGCGAUCUGUGUCAGCUGUUGACCGUUGCAGCGGUGUCGAAGGGGGUAAAGUAUCGGUUUUCCACUGGAGUUGAAGCUUACAUGGAGAAAGGAAGCACCGUAGAAGUUAGACUUACGGAUGGGUCGACGCAGGAAGUGGAUCUUCUCGUGGGAUGCGAUGGUAAUGCAUCGAAAGUCAGACGAUUAAUGUCCGGAGGUGGGAGUCUCCGAGGUGGUGAGCAAGACCCGGCGCUUGUUAUGCUUCCGGAAAAGAUCGCAUACUACACGAUGGAUGAGCCAAUGCAGAAGAAUGAGAAGUAUGAGGCCUGGGGAUGUGUCUUUCCUGGGCCUGGGAAACGGGUCAUGGCGACCAGGCGCCACAAUUCGGAUCGGAUCCAAAUGUAUCUCUUUGUCAAGGACCCUUCAAAUGGGCCGCUCAGCAAUGUGAAGAGGGGAGACACCCAGGAGGAGAAAGCAGCCUUCAUCAAGUUGUUUCGAGGCUGUGGCUGGCGUGCUGCUGACGCAGUAAGAGCCCUCGAAACCGCGGCAGAGGAUUUCUAUUGCCAGCACACCGGCGUCGUCAAAUUGGACAGCUGGUCUCGCGGACAUGUUACCCUUGUAGGGGAUGCUGGGUAUGGAUGUCCUCCAGAUGGAUUCGGCACGUCCAUGGCACUAGUCGGUGCAUAUGUUCUCGCUGGAGAAAUCAACCGUGCCCAAGAUACAAAGGCCGGAGGCAGAGACAUGCUCGCUGUUGCCCUGAAGGCAUACGAGGAAACCUUCGGGCCUUGCAUGAAGCCAAUCGUCAAAACAUACUCCGCACAAGCUUCGAUCUUCGACAGAAUCCCUUGGACGCCCUUCACUCUUGGCUUGGUUACCAAUGCCCUGAGCAUUGCAUCGUACCUACGCCUAGAUAAGCUUGCUUUGAAACUAAUGCCGAACGAGAGAGGUGGCUGGAAAUUGCCUCGGUACGAGGGCUUGAUAAACCCCUGA